AUGCCCGGGCGAAGGGAUGUCCCGCGAGCGCUGCUGCUGCUGCCGGUGCGAGCGCUGGCCACCACCACCGCCGCGACGCUGCUGGGUACCACCCCGACCAGCUCCACCUCCUCCACCACUACUGCCUCCUCCGCUGCCGCCUCCACUGCCUCCACCUCCGCCGCCUCCACCUCCGCCGCUGCCUCCACCACCACCGCUGGCACCACCACCACCGUCUCCGCCGCCGCUGCCGCCACCACCACCACCACCCCCGCCACUAGCCCCGCCGCCACCCCCACUCCCUCCGCCGCCACCGCCGCCACCGCCACCGCCCCCUCCAGCUCCACCCGCGCCCUUGCCCCCCUUGCCCUUGCUGGAGCGACCCUUUGCUAUCAUCAUCACAACAUGGCUCUCACUGACGGGCCUUCUACUGCUCUUCCUCUGGUUGGGGGUCCUCAAAGGAAGAAGUCUUUGGACGCACAUCCUGAGCUGAUCACCCCGAAGACGCUCUUUAAUGGAGCGUCGGCGGUCAACGAGUUAACACCCCGUACGUCGGCUCUGCGCAUCAAUGAUCAGCCUGCAGGGGAAACUGUCAACACUAGCGUCAAUGGCUCGGCUCCAGCGGCCUCUUCGUCUGACGCGGUGGAUCUGGACAAGGGGAAGGCUAAGGUCAAUGACGCGGACGACGAUGGGGGUUACCUCAGUGACGACCCUGACGAUAUAAGGACCCGGCGGUGCUUAAUGAGAUCGCAGCGCUGGCUGGUGUUGCUAUCAUGUUCCUGGUCCCUUUCGCCUGGAGCAAAGAGAUCCCGCACAUCAUCGGCACGGUUAACCACCUGCUGA